GCACCCGCACCCGCACCCGCACCCGCACCUGCACCUGCACCUGCACCUGCAACCCUUUCGACCUCCCCAGGCCGCCCUAUUGAGCGACGGUGUGCUGUGCGCAAGCCACGCCGCAGCCAGACGCACUCCUUCGCACUUCAUUUGGCAUGGCACGGCUCUCACGCCCGGAAUCCUCCUAGCCGUGGGCGUGUGAUGAGUUGCAGCUCGAGCCUCGCGCCUACACACUGCAGUACAUCAAUGCGCCCCCCAGCCGACGCCUUCUGCACAUCAGCCUGAUACACAUCAUCGCCGCCUCGACGCCUGCCCGCUUCCUGGAACAACUCUACCCCUUCAUGGCUCAACAGCAACGACUGAUCUAUGGAUACACGCUCGACACCGCUUCACUCUGCGUGCCGCACCUGCUCAGCUCAGUGUUGACUGCUUGCCUUUUAGCGCACUGAUCGACAAUGGACCCUACGACAUUGAUCGCUUUCCUCUUCCGAGCACCAGCGCAUGCCAGAGCCGUCGAAUUGCUUGGCAGCUGGGACAAUUUUGAGAGGCCUUAUCGCAUGCACCAUGACCGACUUCGCGGCUCUGGAUUCUGGUCAGGUUGCUUCAAGUUCGACAACAUCAUCUGUGACGGCCACCAAGUCAAUGGUGCGAAACCACGAAGCGGAGGUUUGAAGCAGGGCGGCACGUAUUGGUACUACUACCGACUCAACUACGAUGUGGAUGCGUACGACGACCGUCAAACUCACACUACACACUGUCCAUUACUGCCAGGUCAGGAAGUCAACGUGAUCGAGGUGCCAACGGAGGUCAUCGAGUUACCGAGUCGGAGCCACAGCGCGCAUGGUCACAAUGAUCUCGCCGGAAGCCUGACAAACCUCGCCAGCUUGCACACACUGAAUCCAACGGACAAGUAUGCCAUCUUGGAGCCCCCGCCGCGAUCGAAAGUACAUGCCCGAUGCCUAUCCGACGACGUUCUCGACGGAAGAUUGGAGAACGACCCUGCCACAGUGAUCGAAGAAGCCGCGUCACCUGUGUCACUGCCUCAGUCUCGCGAAGCACGGUCGGUGUCACCUCCGAGCCACCAAUCGAAUUACUUGCAUGAGGAUUUGCACGAGCGCCGAGUGCUCUCUGGCUCGAGCUCUGUGUACUCACGUCUGAGUUGUGUCUCUGAUGCUGCAAGCCAGAUAAGUGCAAUGAGUAAGAUGAGUAUACCUGGCGACAUGCCGCGCAAGCCGGAAGACAUUUCCAUGGACGGCAACUCCGCUUAUCCGUGCAAGGCUGGUCCUACACCAUUGGCGUCUCUCGAAAGUCUCGGUGCUGCUCUUUUCGAUUCGACUCUCGCGACGCCAUCGCCGGCGCCACUGAACGAUCCUGUACUCCCUUGGACCGAAGACCACCAGCAUCAGAGACGUAGCUCGGCGUGCACCUGUGGGCCCGAGUCGAUAGCCAAUGUGCAAUUCUAUGGUUCCCGACCUGGUACAAGCCUGGGCGAGGAUCCUGAGCAGUAUCGCCCGAGGAUGUACAGUGUCCCAUACCUAGAACUUCGAGACUGCAGUGAUGAUAGCUCUGCGGGAUCGCCCACAUCGGCGACAUUCGAAAUGUCAGAACGGUCUUCUCAUGACCUCGAAGAAAAUUCGACAUCUGGCGACGAAAUCUUCGACCUCAUGUCUCCGACUUUGACUGCCACAACACUAAGCACAGGUGGUAACAACACUCCAUUCCGUCUCUCAGCCCAAACAUCACCAGAUGACAUUGAGCACGUAUAUGUUGAGGAGGGAAGACACGCCUUCGAAGCAUCCAGCAAGCAUCCCUCGAGGCGACCGAGUCAGAAUAGCAGCAACAAUAGCGGACCAAGCUUUUUCGAGCGUACUAUAGCAAGACUCAGCCCAUCCUCAUUUAUAAGCUAUUCCCUACCUCGAAGCGCAACUGAGAGCGACAAUUCUCUGGCCAAGACAAUCUCUCGACCCUCAGGCCAGAUGCCUUCGAGACAGGAGCUGUCCCUGCCUUCAAUGUUCGCAGCCGAGGAAAGCUCCAUGGCCGAUGCGAUUUUCAGCGAACUUGGAUUUUUGAGAGAUAACAUACAAUGAUCUGUCUAAAUGGGUCAUUGAUACAGUAUACUGCGACGAAUUAGCGACGAUCAUGAUAUUUUUUGUGUCCUUUUUGAGGAAUUGGGAUUGGGAUUAUGAUUGGGAUUUUGGAAACAACAUUUUUGGGAAGCGAAACGGACUCGGGAACGGGAAAUGGCACAUGAUAUGGGCAGAGAUACCAAUUUUAGCGAGCAAGUGAGCGAGCGAGCAUAGCGAUGCUAGCGAGGAGUUUCUUUUUCUUUCUUUCUUCCUUAUAUUGAUGGGAAAUGGAUGUCGCAUGUAUAUUAUUAUUUUGUUUUGCCAAAGGAAUGGGACGCAAGACGCUCAUAUGUAUGCAUACAAGUACGAACACAAACACACCUCUCCGAGGUGGUUGUGAGGGAAGGAAAUCAGUAAUGUAAAUCGAAUCGAAUCCGAUUUUGGAAAAGAU